AUGAAGAUCAUGAUCCUCGCCCUUUUCCUCGGCGCCCAAGUCUUCGCCGCAGGUUUGCUCACCAAAUUAAUGACUCGAAAACAAUGAAUUAUCUGAAGAACUGAAUAAUUCAGUUUUGAAAAAGUAAAGUAACGCGAUAAAAAAUUUUUGAUCCAAAAUUGGAAUAUCUGAAAGCCUAUAAAAAAUUUAGUAGCCCUCGAUCAAACACAGGUUCUUCUGGGUGACGAUACAGUCGUGGAAGUCGUGAGUUAUUUUUUUAAACUUAAAAAAAUUUAAAAAAACCUUGGAAAAAAAUUUUUUUAUGGGGGAAAUUUCUAUAAGUAAUCUGAUCAAAAAAAUGAAGAAGAAGUCUGAAGUUUAGAUUAAAAAAAUUUCAAUUUAUUACAAGAAAAAAACAACUAUCAAUAUAAAAUAUAUUUAGAAAAAUUAAAGUACAAUCAAAAGGCGAUUUUAUAUUUGUUUUAAACUCUCACAGAAAAAAAUAUUUAAUAUUUUAGCCGCCUGUAAAAAGAUUUUUGCAGACUCGAAAAGGUACAAAUCGGUUUUUUUAAGGGGAACGGAACUGACACAGUCAUCACGAAAUCGUCGUCUUCGAUGUCUGUCUUCGUCUCGGUUCUCCUUGCGGUCUUCGCCUAUUUCUGCCAUUAA